AUGCUGCAAGAUUUGCUGAUGAUACGUGCAGAUCGUGCCUUGUAUUACUACGGGGCUGAUGAGCUCUUCGCCAAGCAUCAGGAUGUGGUGAAGAGGCUUACAGACCGCACCUCCGCGCUUUUGCGCACCUUGCUUGACGGCCUCGUGUGGAGGUCUCAGCGCACUGAAGCGAACGGCACCUUGCGAAGAGUAAAUUUCUUUGUGAA